AUGCAAGAGAAACGCAUUUCUCGUUGGUAUUUCGGUGGACUUGCCUCCAGCGCAUCAGCCUGUUUAACACACCCAUUGGAUUUGAUAAAGGUGCACCUGCAGACACAGCAGGAGGUAAGGAUUCGGAUGUUGGGGAUGACUGUCAAUGUGGUGAGGAGAGACGGUUAUCUGGCACUCUACAGUGGCCUCAGUGCCUCCCUCUGUCGGCAGAUGACAUACUCUCUGUCACGCUUUGCCAUCUAUGAGACUGUCAGGGACAAGAUAAACAGCAGGAGCAAAGGGCUCAUGCCUUUCUACCAGAAGGUCCUGCUGGGUGCCUUCGGUGGGUUUGCAGGUGGCUUCAUCGGGACCCCAGCUGACCUGGUUAAUGUACGAAUGCAGAAUGAUGUCAAAUUGCCAGCAGAACUCAGAAGAAAUUACGCUCAUGCUCUGGACGGACUGUUUCGCGUCUGGAAGGAAGAGGGAGUGAAGAAGCUGUUUUCUGGUGCUACAAUGGCGUCUACUAGAGGUGCACUGGUCACAGUUGGACAGCUGUCUUGUUACGACCAGUCCAAGCAGCUGGUUGUAGCCACUGGUUACCUGACUGACAACAUCUUUACCCACUUCCUGGCCAGUGUUUUUGCAGGGGGCUGUGCUACAAUCCUGUGCCAACCACUUGAUGUUGUUAAAACUAGACUAAUGAACUCCAAAGGCGAAUAUGGGGGUGUGUUUCACUGCCUGACAGAAACAGCAAAGCUGGGCCCUAAGGCGUUCUACAAGGGUCUUGUUCCUGCCGGUAUCCGCCUCGUCCCACACACAGUCUUCACCUUCAUUUUCCUGGAACAGCUGAGGCAACAUUUUGGUGUCGUGGUUGUUACCUGA